UUUCCAACAGCACCAUCAAAACAACCGUACCACAGCAGAAGUAGGCCACCUUCGGUCGGUUUCACAGACCGGCGCACAGCUGUUUUCUGAUAAGGGUUCUAUGCUACGCCCGCUCGCUCUACUACCGUCCUGCAUCCUUCGCCGAACGACAGCAAGCGCUUCCGCCCGGCGCAACACGAUGGCCACCGAUGGCAGCAGCGGCAGCACGGCCCCGACGACGACCCCGACGGCCACCGGCAACGAGUACUCGGUCGCGUUCGUGACCACGCCGGACAGUGCGGUGGCCACGAAGCUGGCCCGCCAGCUCGUCGAGCGGAAGCUGGUCGCGUGCGUCAACAUCAUCCCGGGGCUGACGUCGAUCUACUCGUGGGAGGACAAGAUUAACGAGGACCCGGAGGUGCUGAUGAUGCUCAAGACGCGCACCGACCGAGUCGAGGAGGUGAUACGGUUCGUGCGGGAAAGCCACCCGUACAGUGUGGCGGAGGUGAUCGCGAUGCCGAUGGCGGCCGGCAACCCACCGUACCUCGACUGGAUCGGCAAAACUGUCCCCAAGCGGGACGGGUAGCGCGUGUGCCAUGGGUAGCAGGCAGGUGAAGGAGAAGUUUUUUCUUUUGUACAUGGGAUGGGUAAUUGGGCGUUGAGAAUUGAUAUUAUGGUAGAAUAUAGAACGGAGGGGGAAAUUUCUGUACUAUAA